AUGACAGCGCAGCAGCUGCUACCGGGAAGGCUGCACUACAGGACCACUCGGCUAACGGCGCGUGCGCUCUCGCCGGCGCUAGUUCAGCGCGCACAACUACCAGCGCUUCCUCUUUCAGCCAUUUUCCCGAGCGCUACGCGGAAGGCCGACCCAGAAAGCCCCCGCGCUGCAGCUUUUUGCCUCCCUUAACGCACUCCUUAUUGGCCGGAGAGCCACAUCUAACGCGGAGGGGCGGAGCGCCUGUUUUGGGCCUCGGUUAUGUAAUUGGUUUCCUCAAAUUUACGGUCUUGCUCUCCGGCCUAUCAGAGCAUCUUCAGAGUUGGGGACCUCUCCCUCUCAUUGGGUCUUUUUGGCUCCUCCGCAUCUCUUCCAACUCUCGCCCCUCGCCGCUUCUAGAAGGCGGGCAGAGUGAUUGGGUGCUAGUGCUGUCAUUCCCCCUCCCUUACCUACCAGGCAUCGGUCCACCCUUUGCUGUCCCGGCGCGCACCCCGGAUAGGUCUGGAGGAGGAGCUGUUGUUGCCGCCGCCGCCGCCGCCUGUGCUUUCAGCACCUUGGAGAGUGGCUGGAGGGAGCCGCCGGGGGAACUGCAGCAGCAUCAACAGCAGAGCGGCUAGGCAGGGCGAGGCAAGGGCUGCGUCGUCGUCACCCAACUCCGUUCACAGAGGGACAACCGAUCUUGGCGCUUGUUGCCAUUGCAGCUGUUCUGGCGCCAGCCUUGCAGUCUCCCCGCGGCGUUCUUGGCAGCAGCGCUUCCUGAGAUUGUGACAGACACCGAGCCGCCUUGCGUCGCUCAGUUGGGAACAGUCAGUCGGGGCGUUGUUUCUUUCCUAGACGCAGCUAUUGUUUCUGCACUCCUCGGUGGUUUGAGUUUUGGGACACCCACCACCACCAAAGUCCUGGUCAGAGAUCUUGUUGGGAACCGUGCUUGCUUUCAGGCCCUCUAGGACUGAGCGACAGUUUGAGGGACUAGCACGGAGGGUGCUAGUCUUCUUGUGCCAACAAGUUGCUUGCUAACAAGAGGGUCGCUUGGUCUAUUGAUUUGGGAUCUACUUUUCCAAGAUACUGAUUUAAGUGCUUUUGGGUUUGCUUUCAUCAAAAUUCACCGGCGACGAUGGGUGCCUAUGUCAAGAUAAACACGUUGUGUUUUUCUCCUGGAGCUGGACAGCAGCUUUAGCAACGUUGUGGGUUCAUAGUGGAAGGUUAGAUCCGCCAGGACUGUAAGGGACAGUUUAGCUGGGAAGCAGAGCGAGAUAAUUCAGGCUGCAAGAGAGAAUGCCAUUCAUCCCUAAGUGCAAGGGUUAUUUGGAUAUACCGGAAGAAGACUGCUGAGGGACAGUUGAUUACUCGCCCUAAAGAUUCUAAAUGCAAAGCUUGACAAGGAAGAUCAAGAAGAACCUGCAAUUGCUGUAGGUGGCAGACAAGCUACUCUAAGAAGGGCAGAAGCCAGAACUGGAGCUUUUAAACACACACAUACUGGAGAGGAUUCUUUCUGAAAAGAAUCGUACAGGUUAAAAUAAAACUACUUGUUAUAGAAGGUGGCUUAAGGUUUCGUAACGUCACUUAUUUCAUAUGGAUUUUUCUAAACAAACAAAAGAUGAUGAAAGUCAAUAUGGCAGUGAGUUCAUAGGUAAAUACACUUAGGGCAGUUUAAAUGGUGGCUUGAAUCCUGAUUACUAGGGGUUUUUCCCCCCUCAAAAAAGUGGAUUCUUUAUAAACAGCAUCCUGUGAUUAGCUAUAAUUAAUCUCUUUUGAAUUCCUAGCAUUGGGUUUGCUGAGUGGAAUUAUUCUCUCUCAACCCUUUUUAGAGUAUCCUUUUCAGAUACCUUCUGUUUUGAUAAAAUGGAGUCUUUAUAUACACCAUACUGAUAUCAGUUAAUUCAAAAGACCAUUUUGCUGCAUCAUUGAAACAUUUGACAGCUACUUUAUUUGUGGUUUUUUUCUUUUUUGCUAAAUGUGAACCUGACAAAGGCAAGCAGUUUUUCUCCUCUGCAAAAUCCUUUCUUCAAAAUGAAGAAAUUUCACAAAGUUUUGGAUGGUUUAACUUCAUCCCCUGGUGGAAGCAGCAGUGGUGGUAGUGGCAGUGGGCCUGGUAGUGGUUCCGGGCACUCAGGAGGGACUGCAGGGACUCCCAAAGAGGAAAUCCAGGAGACUCUCACUUCAGACUAUUUUCAGAUAAGCAAGACCGUUCGCCAUGGGUUUCCAUAUCUACCCACUGCCUUAGCUUUUGACCCAGUUCAGAAGAUUCUGGCUAUUGGAACAAGAACAGGUGCUAUUCGAAUAUUGGGCAGACCAGGUGUUGACUGUUAUUGCCAACAUGAAGGCGGGGGUGCAGUUCUGCAGCUUCAGUUUUUGAUUAAUGAGGGUGCUUUGGUCAGUGCAAGUUCAGAUGACAUGCUCCAUUUAUGGAAUCUAAGACAGAAAAGGCCAGCAAUUCUUCAUUCUCUGAAAUUUAACAGAGAACGAAUUACCUUCUGUCACUUACCUUUCCAAAGCAAAUGGCUCUAUGUUGGAACAGAGAGGGGAAAUACUCACAUUGUGAACAUUGAGUCGUUCAUACUUUCUGGAUACGUUAUUAUGUGGAACAAGGCUAUAGAACUGUCUACAAAGACUCACCCUGGGCCCGUUGUGCACCUAAGCGAUAGCCCAAGAGAUGAAGGGAAACUGUUGAUAGGCUAUGAAAAUGGGACUGUGGUAUUCUGGGACUUGAGAUCAAAAAGAGCAGAUUUAAGACUGUACUAUGAUGAGGCUAUUCAUUCUAUUGGAUGGCAUAAUGAAGGAAAGCAGUUUAUGUGCAGUCAUUCUGACGGCAGCUUGACUCUGUGGAAUCUAAAAAGUCCCAACAGACCUUUCCAGAUAAUUAUUCCACAUGGUAAAAUUCAGCGAGAUGGGAAAAAAGUUGAAUCUUGUAAACCAAUUCUUAAAGUAGAAUACAAGACCUGUAAGAGCAGUGAACCUUUCAUAAUAUUUUCUGGUGGACUCUCUUAUGACAAACCUUGGCGAAGACCAAGUCUAACAAUCAUGCAUGGAAAAGCAAUUACUGUACUUGAGAUGGAUCACCCCAUUGUUGAUUUUUUAACUCUUUGUGAAACUCCAUAUCCAAAUGAAGUUCAAGAGCCCUAUGCCCUAGUUGUACUGUUGGAAAAAGAUCUCAUUGCCGUUGAUCUGACUCAAAGCAAUUUUCCAAUAUUUGAAAAUCCUUAUCCCAUGGACAUUCAUGAAUCACCAGUUACCUGCACAGAAUAUUUUGCUGACUGUCCUCCAGAUUUGAUUCCUGUGUUAUAUUCUGUAGGCGCUAAACAUAAGAAGCAAGGUUACAGCAAUAAGGAGUGGCCUAUCAGUGGUGGAGCAUGGAACCUAGGAGCACAGACCUAUCCUGAAAUUAUUAUCACAGGUCAUGCGGAUGGAUCAGUAAAAUUUUGGGAUGCUUCUGCCAUUACAUUGCAGAUGUUGUACAAGUUAAAAACCUCAAAAGUUUUUGAAAAACAGAAGUUAGAAGGAAAACCAACAGCAGAAAUGGUAGAAGAGGAUCCUUUUGCCAUCCAGUUGAUGUAUUGGUGUCCUGAAAGUAGAAUAUUUUGUGUAGCAGGAGUUUCUGCAUAUGUUAUUAUUUACAAAUUCAGCAGACAUGAAGUUAAUACUGAGAUAUCAUCUUUAGAGGUGCAACUUCAAAGUGAUAUAGAAGAUAUAAUUAGUCCAGAGGCGGAAAUUAUUCCUCCAUUCUCAAAUGCCUCUUCCCCACUUCCAUCUUUAAAAGAUCUCUCAGGCAGUACAAACACUGUGGCAUCUGAAGGAACAAUGAAGGAUAGUAUCCCAUAUCUCAGUGUCAAGACUCGUGCUGUGAAGAUGCCUCCUGGUUACCAAGCAGACCUGGUCAUUCAGUUGGUGUGGGCUGACGGUGAGCCUCCCCAACAGAUAACCAGCCUAGCAGCAAACUCGGCAUAUGGACUAGUUGCAUUUGGAAACUGCAGUGGUUUGGCUGUUGUGGAUUUUAUGCAGAAGACCACAUUGCUGAGCAUGGGGAGCUUUGACCUCUAUGGAUCAAGUGACCCUUAUCAACGCCAGCCUCGUUCUCCUCGCAGAAGCAAGCAGUUUACUGCAGACAACUUUUGCAUGCGUGGCCUGACUAACUUUUAUCCUGAUUUAACGAAACGGAUCCGUACUUCCUAUCAGAGCCUUACUGAGCUAUCAGAUGGUCCCAUUUCCUUGGAGCUGGAGCGGUGCAAGUCCCCUACCACAUCAGAUCAUAUAAAUGGUCACUGUACAAGUCCAAUCUCCCAAAGCUGCAGCUCUGGAAAACGGCUGUCUAGUGCAGAUGUUACAAAAAUAAAUCGCCGUGGUCCCGCGAAGCCUCCAUUUAGGAAAGCACAGUCUGCUGCUUGCAUGGAGAUUUCUUUGCCAGUCACAACAGAAGAAAACAGAGAGAACUCCUUCAGCCAUUCUCGAAGCUCCAGUGUCUCCAGUAUAGACAAAGAAUCUAAGGAAGCAAUUACAGCUUUAUAUUUCACUGAGUCAUUUCCACGGAAAAAUGACACAACAGUAUUGCCUUGCCUUUGGGUUGGUACAGGCCUGGGCAUGGUCUUGACUAUAUCACUUAACCUGCCCACUGUGGAUGAAUUAAGGCAGACAGAGCCGGUAAUGGUUUCUCCAAGUGGUACCGUUCUGACACUGAAGGGUGCAGUGUUAACUUUUGGUUGCUUGGACUGCACAGGGACCUUAAUACACCCACCCUACGAAGCAUGGAGAGAUCCAAACAGCACAGAUGAAAGUGAAAGAACAAGAAAAAGAAAACUUGUCCUGCAUUCUCCAUGCUCCUCCCAGGACAUGGGAGAUCACCAGUUUGCUGUUAUAUGUUCUGAGAAACAAGCCAAAGUUUUUUCACUGCCUUCCCAGAUAUGCCUCUAUGUUCAUAACAUCACAGACACAUCCUUUCUGUUGCGAGCAGAUGUGGUGACCCUGUGCACCAACGUUUGCCUGGCAUGCUUCUGUGCUAAUGGCCAUAUUAUUCUACUGAGUUUACCCAGCCUCCGGUCGUUGGUAGAUGUUAAUUAUUUGCCGGUAACAGACAUGAGGAUUGCUCGGACCUUUUGUUUUACCAACGAAGGACAAGCUUUAUAUCUUAGUUCUCCCACAGAAAUCCAGCGAUUGAACUACAGCCAGGAGAUGUUUGACACUCUGCAGGACACGCUUGGGGAGUUGUUCACUCCGGUGGAAACCCCUGAGGCUCAGUACAGAGGCUUUCUGAAGGGGCUGUUUGGUGGAACUGGUGGAACACUUGACAGGGAAGAGCUCUUUGGUGAGGCUACAGCAGGAAAAGCAUCUCGGAGUCUUGCACAGCAUAUCCCCGGAUCCGGUGGGGUUGAAGGUGUGAAAGGAGCGGCAGGAGGCGCAAUUGGAGAUUUGGCUCGUGCACGUCUUGCUCUUGAUGAGAGGGGACAGAAACUGGGAGAGCUCGACGAAAGGACAGUCAGGAUGAUGGCGAGUGCAGAAGCUUUCUCCAAACACGCACACGAGGUAAUGGUGAAAUACAAGGACAAAAAGUGGUAUCAGUUUUGACUUCUAAUCGUGAAGCUACACUUCAGUGUCCUGAGAAAUUGAGUCAAAGGACCUUGAGGCCUUAUUCUCAAAAUUCAACUAUUGGACAGAAGCAGCUCCUUGGAACCCUUUUGCUUUCACUACACCAGAUAGUCAAGGGGAAAAAACACCUUUUUCAGAGACCUAUGCGUGAUGGGUCUUUGAAGGCAGUCUCCACUGAGUGUUUUUUUCCCCCCCAAAUGAACAGUCAUCUUUAUCAGGUAAUAAUUUCACUGGGUUUAGGGUAUGAACUCCAGGGAGGACUGUUGAUAGUUUAAGAUGUCUGUACAAACUAGAUUGUUUAUGCAUUUAAACUUAAACUUUGCAUGAUGAAUUGACUUCUUAUACAACAAAGACAAAAGCAAAGCAUGCUGUGAUUGAGGAUAAUGGAUUUAUUUCAAAGUUCCACAAAAAUGACAAAACUUUCUUUUUAAAGCAAGAAGUCAGUACAUUUCAAGCAUGUUGCUCUCAACAAACAAUGGCCUGCAUUUCUCUCAUUUGACAUUCAUUUUCUGUAGACAACCUUAGUUUGAAAACACUUGUGCAUUUCAUUAGUAGAAAAAUAAAGAUUAAA